CUGACCUUGAAUAUCUAGAUCCACUUGCUAGAACUCAUACUGCCUCGUAUUUGGUUGUAUUAUAGUGGGAGAAUGAGUGAAUAAUGAAGUGGUGAAGUUGGCAGGUAUUUUCAAUUCACAACAUGGGUCGAAGAUGCGUUGUGCCAAAUUGUAAUGCAAAAAGUAACAAGAGCAGCAGCUUAUCGUUUUUUCAGUAAGCAAAGAAACUUUAAUUGAGUUUAAGAUUUCCUAAGGACUUGGAAAUGCAAAAGAAAUGGCUUUCAGCUAUUAAUGUUGAAAACUUUGAAAGUAUUAAAUUCUCUACUGCUUCUUGCAUUUGUUCUCAGCACUUUACCAAGGACUCUUUUGCUCCAAAGCAAUUUGGAAAAGCUAGAGAAUUAAAAAAAGGUGUUGUGCCACAAUUAAAUAUCUUCUCGACAGAGGUCAGAAAUUGCACGUUCAUACAAAUGCCACCAUGUGUGUCAAAAGAAAAAUUACAGAAUACAACGGUGAUGAUGAACCAGCAAAUCUUUAAUCAGCCAAAGCGAGAAGUCUUAGAAGAAACAUCAUCUACCGAUCAAAAUGUCACAUACAUUACAGUAAAUUCUGAAACUGAAACAAGAAUGCGGAAUUUUAUUCAGUCACUUAUGCCAACUAAAAGAAAAUAUUUUGAAGGAGAUUUCAACAUCGUCGAUAUGGAUUACCCAGAAAGAGCACGGUUGUAUUUUCAGGCUGCUAGAAAUAAGAUUUCAAAUCUACAGAAACGACUUCAGGUGUGCAGAAAACGAUGUAAACGUCUAAGUGCAAAAAAUGAUUCAUGUGAAAAUUAUAGAAAUGCUUUGGUGUCCAGUUAUUUAAGAUAGGAUCUUAUUAGUAGAAAACGUAUAUUGGUCAGUAAAAAUCUUAGCUUCCUAAUUGGUUAGGAUUUAGUUGUCACAUUAGGAGUAGCGAGUAAAAAACGGUGCAGGCUGUGAAUAGAAACGGUGAAUGAAAUACAAUUUAUGAAUUUGUAACAUCAAGAAGUCUAAAAAUUAUGUUUUACAUAGAAGAGGGUCAAAACUAAGUUCGAAUAAACAGGAAAUGUGAAGUAGAUAACCUACCAAUCCGGAGGCUGAAAAAUGGGCUGACCAAUAUGGCCGUCCUAUCAUCUCUUUCUGGGCCACGACCUGGUUCCCUGAGUGGUCGGCUCGAGCGGGCCGGCGACCCGACACAUUGCUCAAUCGGAGCUGAUCGGAGCUGAUCGGAGACGGGUCCCGGUCAGAGAUAGUGGUGGAUAGUGGCCCGACUGAUGGACCGGCAGUUACCCCUGGUUACCCCGGAGAAUUUGCUGUGAUAAGACACCGUGAGAGGUUCAGAGAAUGGCGAGAAACAUGCUGUAACGUGCUGUGGCGUGCUGUAACGUGCUGUAACGUGCUGUAACGUGCUGUAACGUGCUGUAACGUGCUGUAACGUGCUGUAACGUGCCGUAACCUUAAAGAAGUAUUACGUUAAACUAUUUUGAAACAGCAAAAUGAUGCCUGGUCGCCCUCCAGUACCAGAGAAUCCUCUGGGAUUAUCCUGGCAUGACAGUGCAUGGAUUCCAAUGCUAAAUCCUAGCAAUAUAAUGGAUUACUUUUCAGAAAGGAGUAAUCCAUUUUAUGACAGAACGUGUAAUAAUGAAAUAGUGAAAAUGCAGCGAUUAAAUCCAGACCAACUAUCGAAUAUGACUGGACUAGAAUAUAUUCUUCUACAUGUACAAGAACCUAUUUUAUAUGUGAUACGAAAACAACAUCGCCAUUCACCCACUCAAGCGACACCAUUAGCAGAUUACUAUAUUAUUGCAGGAGUUGUGUACCAAGCUCCAGAUCUAGCAUCAGUCAUUAAUUCUAGAUUGCUCUCUACGGUUCAUCAUUUACAAUCAGCAUUUGAGGAAUCUAGUUCAUGUUCACGAUAUCAUCCUAGUAAAGGAUAUACAUGGGAUUUGAAAAAUGGGAAGGCAAUGACAGCAAAAAAAGAAACCCCAGUUAGAGAAGAGCCUAGUUCGUUAUUUCAACGACAAAGGGUGGAUAUGCUACUUGCUGAGCUUACCCGUAAAUUCCCUUUGCCUGUCCCUAAACCAGUUCAGCCUUUAACAGAAUCUUCUGUAGAAAUUAAGCAGGAUAUAAAAACUGAAAAGAAAGACAUGAAACCGCCUCCUGAAAAGAAGCCAAGGGUCAGUUAACCUGACUACAAGAAAAGUGAAAUUUAUGAUAUGACAUUUUGCCAUACUGUCUACUGUCAAAGAAUUCAGAGGUUCUGUAGAAACCCAGGGGGCAUUUCUGUAACUCAUAACGACAGAUAUAGUUAUCAUUAGCCAUUCAGGGCUGGAGACUUCUGAAUCGUUUGCUACUGUAAUAAAAGUACUUACUUACUGUCUGUAAAAAAUUUAUAUUUCAAACUCUAUUACAAAAUUAUUUCAUCUACUUAUUACUCUUUACUGCGCUUAUGUUAGCAAUAAAUAGACUUAUAAUAAUUU